GUUUUCUGUUUUCACCGUUGAUGUCCAACAACAUGCAGAAUACCCAUACUGAGCACCAGGCGGCUGACGCACCAGAGAAUCCUACGCAAUCUGCAGAAAGCUCGUUGCACAACGACCCGCGAGUUCGUUUUGUCGAAGAAACGAGCAAAUACGUGUACACAGGUGACGACGGAAUUUCGUAUGAGUGGGAUGACGAGAAACAUGCGUGGUUUCCUAUGUGGGAUGAGAAUCUCAUAGAAUCGCAACAAGCUGCGUAUGGACCUACGAUAACGGAGGAAACGACUUCCACUCCGCGGCAGAAAGGAAAACGGAAACAAAUCUACACGUCUGAGGAGCCGCAAUUGAAGAAACCUAAAGCUGAGCCGAAGAAACGUCCAAAUACAUCUGUCUACGUGACUGGAUUACCGCGCGACACGACAGUAGAUGAAAUGAAGGAAGUCUUUGAAAAAUACGGCAUUUUGAUGGAAGAUCUUGCGACUGGCCAGCCAAAGAUAAAGCUAUACAAAGACGAGCAAGGAAAUCUCAAAGGCGAUGCGCUUGUCAGCUACUUUAAAGAAGAGUCGGUGGAUCUAGCGUGCAAUCUCCUUGACGACAGCGACUUCCGUCUCGGCGUCCCUUCCAAGAUCAGAGUACAAAAAGCCGUCUUCCAAGCAAAGGAGAAGCCCCCAAAUUCAGAGACAGAACAACCAGACCAGAAAUUGAAAUUGGAUAAGAAGGUGGUUCAGAAAAAGCGUCAGAAACUGGAAAAGCGUCUGGAUUGGUUUGAGGAACAGUCCGGCAAGAAGGCGGACAAGUUCGCAAGAGUUGUCGUUUUAAAGUACAUGUUCACCCUUCAGGAGCUGGAGCAAGAUCCAACGUUGCUGCUCGACCUGAAAGAGGAUGUAAGAGGCGAAUGCGAGAAGUUGGGAGAAGUGACGAAUGUGUCGUUAUACGAUCUUGAAGAGGAUGGCAUAAUGACAGUGAGAUUCAAAGAGCCAGAAUCUGCGGAAUUAUGCAUCAAGAAAAUGCAUGGGCGCUUUUUUGCCGGCCGACGAGUAGAAGCCCAUAUAAUGCAAGGCAAGGAGAAAUAUCGAGAAUCAAAAUCUCAGGAUCAGACAGAAGAGGAGGAAAAGAAACGACUAGAAGCAUAUGAGAAGUGGUUGGAAAGCCAGCAUUGAGAUCAGCAGAUUGCAUCUAUUAUUGUAUCUAGCACAGAAUCCAAUGUCAAUGACACGACGACUUGGGAUAGGUCUUACAUACGGAAAUGGGGCACAGGCUGUGCAGACUAUUCAUCCUAGCCAUAGUAAAACUCAGGCCUUGUGUCGCCGGCGUUACGAAAAUCCCAGUGCAUGAAGUUUUCAUUUUCAAUUUAGGACGAGUUAUUAUAGGGAAA